AUGGUAGCGAUAGCACCCGCUCCAUUUACACGACCCCAGAAGACUACAGGACUCUCAAAUCAGAUGCAGGAAGACGACAAACAAGCGAAUGUAGCGCUGGAGAUAUUGCAGCAGCCGCCAGAGACCUGGUACAAGGACCAGUUUGGCCGCAAGGCGACGUUUGAGUUGCGAGUACAGAGGACAGAGGCAUUUUGUGCUCAGUGUGUGGAGCAGAGGAUAUUGACGGUGAAGUUGCUGUACGAGAGUGGUAAAGUGGUGGAAAAACAGGAGAUUCUGCAUGUUAUGGCUGGCCAAUGUCUGGAUAAUAACAGGCAGAGCACAAUGGCUAUGCGUAUUAAUCAAGUGUCAAAAAAUCACCUCAAUCAGAGAUUUUGUGUGGAAAUUGCAGUUCCAACGUGUCCGGGGCUAUGUGAGUAUAUUUCAUCGGUUGUGUCGAAGCCGGUGCUGGUGUUGUCCAAGAAGAAGAAGAAGAAGCGGACUGUGAUGGAUAAUGAGAAGAUGGAAGCCUCUUGCAACGUGAAGAAGAUUAAACGCUCGUUGUUGCAAGGAUCACGAUUGUCAAAUGACCUGCCGGGGAGUUUGCACUCAUCUGCUUCUACAGCUACGAUUACUGGAAAUGUGACUGCAGUGAUUGCUGAUAUAGAGGAGACAAUUCCACUUAAUGCAUCAGAUACUACUGCUCCAUUUACGCCAGAAACGCCGAAUAUCUGUCUCUGGGCGAACGCAGCAUUUGACUUGCUGUACAAGUUGCAGUGGCAACGCACACCUGCGAGUACAACCGACAAACCGGGAACAAACCUGGAAGAGAUACUGGCCCAAGCGUUGUCUAAAGCGUACAAAUGUCCAUCGUGUCAAGAGACAUACGGACAGGUGCCAACACACCAAGACGACUGUGAUUUGAAGUUGCUGCUAGAGCAAGGGGGGCAUACGGAUGCGUCGGCAAUUCGGAAAGCAGUACAUAGCACAGCACAUCAUCCGCUUCAGUGGUCUUCGGACAAGUAUUUCGAACGGCCAGACCGUCCUAAAGUCAUGUACAGUGGUGAUGAUAUCACUCUAAAGUUUUCGUAUAAUCUCGCUCAAAGCUUUCACCAGCUAUCUGGCCCUGUAAGCGAACAAGAGCCAACAGAAGGCUGUACUUCCACUGCUGUGGCAGAAAAUCUAAGUAUCGGUUUAUGGAAGGAUUACGCCUCGCUUUCAAAGCUACUUUACAGCACCACCUACGAAAAAGCGAAAUCUCUGCAAGCGGGCACGGCUUCCAACGCUGCGCAACAGUGGGCUGGAUUGUUGGCACCUGUGGGAAUACUUUCACCUGGGUUUUCCGCUCUCUCUAGCUCAACAAAUAGUAGCGCGAUUCAUUUAGCCGGAGUUCAGCCAAAAUUUGGGUCCCAACGAUUUUCAGCAUUACUGUCAGCUAAAAUGGACAUGUUUCUUGAUGCUGCAGAACAUUUUCGAGAAGGUAAACGAUCUUUGCACGGAGACGGAAAUAUCGUUGAUUCACUCGGCAGUAUGAAUUUAAGCGAACUUAUACGUUCGAAUUCCGGAGAAAUCCAUGGUAUUGGUCCUCAAUUCACAUCGCUAUCAAGCUCCUUGUCGGCAUUGCUGUCAGGAUAUCCGUCGACUUUGGACGUGAGCUCUGAAAACUGUGUUCAAAUUGUCAUGGGCUCCGAUUUCCUGAAUUGCGGUUUUCCAGCACUAGAUGCAUCCUUUAAUCUGGUGGGAUUUUACCAUCUCGUUACUAAAAUGAAAGAUAGUCCCGCCGAACUACGCUUCGCGCCAAAUUUGUUUCCGUUGCCAGAUGAAAUGUUACAAGAGCUCAAAAACACCAUUACCAAAUGGAAGGAAAACCAAUCACUUAUUCACAGGUUGGAGUCGGUUCACAACAACCCAGAAGACUCGCUGACGCGCUUGAAAAGUGCCGUGCUGCGUCAGGUAAUGCGUUAA